AUGCUGGUCAGGGUAAGUCGGAGGGGAGGUUGCUGGGGAGGGAUACUGAGGAAUGUGCCCUCUGGUGGUGGUCCUGCUGGCGAGCUGAGAGCCAAGGUGACGGAUUUUGGCAUGGCGACACGGGGACCAGAGGAGGGCAAGACGCACGUGUCCACUCGCAUCAUGGGCACCCUGGGGUACCUCGACCCUGACUAUAUCGACACAGGUGGGGAGGCUUGUAACGAGGAUAUGACUUGUGCCUGUUGGGCAUGGAUGGGAGGAGGGGAGGAGGGCAAGACGCACGUGUCCACUUGCAUCAUAAGCACCCUGGGGUACCUCGACCCUGACGAUAUCGACACAGGUGGGGAGGCUUGUAACGAGGAUAUGACUUGUGCCUGUUGGGCAUGGAUGGGAGGAGGGGAGGAGGGCAAGACGCACGUGUCCACUUGCAUCAUAAGCACCCUGGGGUACCUCGACCCUGACGAUAUCGACACAGGUGGGGAGGCUUGUAACGAGUGUGCUGUUCUCACAGGUGGGGAGGCUUGUAACGAGUGUGCUGUUCUCACAGGUGGAGAGGCUUGUAACGAAUGUGCUGUUCGCACAGGUGGGGAGGCUUGUAACGAGUGUGCUGUUCUCACAGGUGGGGAGGCUUGUAACGAGUGUGCUGUUCUCACAGGUGGGGAGGUUUGUAACGAGUGUGCUGUUCUCACAGGCCACCUCACCCCGCUGAGCGAUCCCCCACUCGUUCCCACGCUCAGGCCACCUCACCCCGCUGAGCGAUGUCUUUCCUUUGGGCGUGGUUCUGCUCGAGUUGCUCACCGCCACCUCACCCCGCUGAGCGAUGUCUUCUCUCUGGGCGUGGUUCUCCUGGAACUGCUCACCGGCCGAUCCCCCGCCACCACCGCCACACAUAACCGCCUCUUCCCCUGGAUCCACAAACAGCUGGCGUGGGGGAGGAAGGGAGGAGGAGACUCAGCAUCAGCAGCAGCGGCAGCAGCAGAAGGUAAUGACGAUCAGCAGCAGCAGCAGCAGCAGCAGGGGAAGAAGGCGGAUGGGUUUCAUAUAAGUCAGGUUGUGGACCCGCGCUUGAAGGGGCAGUUCUCGGCAAGUGCAGCGAAGAGGCUGCUGCUGGUGGCGCUGCAAUGUAGUCAAGAGGAGCCGAGCAAGCGACCCGACAUGAACUGUGUGGUGGAGAGAUUGAGGGAGAUCGCUACUGGUGGGGGAGGAGCAAGAGGAGCAGGAGGAGCAGAAGGAGCAGGAGGAGCAGAAGGAGCAGGAGUGCAAGGGGUGGCACGGGGAGGGGUGGCAGUGGCAGGGGUAGGAGUUCAAAUGUAG